AUGCGAUUAGCUGCUCGGCUUGCCGCGCUCUCCGCGCUCGUUCUGACCGCGGUGAGCGUAGGUGCGUUGCCAUCGUCUGCAGUUGCGUCCUCUUUGCCUGUAGCGUCCAGUGCUGUAGCAUCCAGUGCUAUAGCGUCCAGUGAUGUUGCAUCCAGUGCGGCCGUCUCGAGUGGUGUGGAAGUAUCCAGCGCUGUCUCUGCUGCUUCUUCUUACGCUAUCUCCUCUGCCGCCGCCUCCUCUUACGCAGCAUCUUCUGCUGUGGUUACCUCAUAUGCCGUUUCAUCUGCGAUAGCCUCGUCUGCGGUCUCUUCCGCCAUUUCCGCAUCUGCUGCUACAUCUGCACCUUCUGUUCCGCUCACGGGCGAGGUGUCUGGUGUGUCCUAUACAGUCUCCAGCACAUACACCAUCUAUGGUGAUCCAGUCCCUACGAAUCCACCCUCGCUUGCGACGUCGCCGACUGCGGGCGAGCCUCCAUACAACUCUGGCUCGGGAACAGAAGUUGGCUGGCAAACACUCUCUAUUUCGUCGUAUGCGUUUUCUUCCUUCCCCGUUGUUUCUCCCACUCCGUUACCUCCUGUGUUCCCCUCGUAUUCUCCUUUAUAUCCUCCGCCGGUUGAAAACUCUGGUUCCCAAAUCGUGCCGGACUUCUCGGAUGCGUGGGAUGUUGCCUUUGCGAAAGCGGAGGCGUUCGUCAGCGGAUUGACGCUUGAGCAGAAGGUCAACAUUACCACUGGCGAAUACCAGGAGCCAAUUCUCUGCGUAGGCAACAUUGCGCCGGUCGCGGACUGGCCAGGAUUGUGCCUGCAGGACUCUCCCCUUGGCGUGCGUGACACAGACUUCAACACGCUAUUCCCCGCUGGUAUUACUGUUGCCGCUACAUUCAAUCGGACCAUGAUGCGUUUGCGCGGCCUUGAGAUGGGACAGGAGUUCCGUGGAAAGGGUGUCAACGUUGCGCUCGGUCCGAUGAUGAACAUGGGACGUGUCGCGCAGGGAGGACGGAAUUGGGAAGGUUUCGGCACGGACGCCUUCUUGAGUGGAGAGGCUGCCUACGAAACUGUCCUUGGCUUGCAGAGUGUGGGUGUUCAGGCCUGUGCGAAGCAUUACGUCGAUUAUGAGCAGGAGUACAAACGUACUCAAGAAAGUUCGAACGUGGAUGAUCGGACGCAGCACGAGAUCUACCAGAAGCCGUUCCUGCGAGCUGUCAUGGCUGGCUCUGCUAGUGUUAUGUGCAGCUACAAUAUGAUAAACGACACGUACGCUUGUGAGAACGAUAGGACGCUGAACCAACUACUCAAGGGCGAAAUUGGGUUCCGGGGCUACGUCAUGUCAGACUGGGGUGCGCAGAUGAGCACUUUGAGUGCUGUUGCAGGAUUAGAUAUGACGAUGGCUGGGGGUAUUCACCUUAGCACGCCGGAUGGCGGAUCAUGGUGGGGCCCCAAUUUGACUGCAUUUGUGGACAACGGUACAAUCUCUAUGGCACGUAUGGAUGACAUGGCUACACGUAUCAUGGCGGGCUAUUACCUUUUGGGGCAGGACAACAACUACCCUAAUGUGUCCUUCAAUGCGAGUAGUUUGUAUGACACUGUGCACGACAAGCAUAUUGAUGUUCAGGCCGACCACUACAAGCUAGUGCGGGAAAUUGGUGGCGCAGGGGCUGUCUUGCUCAAGAAUACCGAUGGAGCGCUUCCGUUGAAUAAACCCCGCAGUAUUAUUCUCGUUGGUUCAGAUGCAGGGAAUGGUGCUAUGGGUGCAAACGGCUAUAGCGAUCGUGGAGGCGACGAUGGCAUUCUUGGCGUGGGCUGGGGUUCAGGAACUGCCAACUACCCUUACCUUGUUUCCCCCGCUGCCGCCAUUCAAGAGCGUGCACGCCUCGAUGGAAGUUCGUUAACAAAUUGGUACCUCGAUUGGGAUACGGAAGGCGCGGCAAGUGCUGUUGAGCAAGUUGAUGUUGCGAUUGUCUUCGUGAAUUCAGACUCUGGGGAAGGUUACAUCACCGUGGAUGGAAAUUGGGGCGACAGAGAUAACCUGACACUCUGGCACAACGCGGACAAUCUCAUUCAAGCAGUCGCAGCGGCCAACAACAAUACGAUUGUCGUAGCACACUCGGUUGGGCCAUCCAUAAUCGAUUCCUGGGCAGAAAAUCCAAAUGUCACCGGUAUUAUUUGGGCGAACGUUGCUGGCCAGGAAGCUGGUAAUGCAAUCACCGACGUUCUGUACGGAGCUGUGAAUCCCUCGGGACGCCUCCCAUAUACGAUCGCUAAGGCAUUAGAAGACUACGGCGUGUUCCUUAUUCUCGGGGGCGAUAAUGAUACUAUUCUUAGCAUUCCUUAUACCGAGGGACUGUUCUACGACUAUAGGAGGUUUGACCAGUACAACAUCACCCCGCGUUACGAGUUCGGCUUCGGGUUAAGCUACACGACCUUCGAGUAUUAUAACCUCGCAGUGUCCGUGCUCCCACAGUAUGAUCCGACUGACCUUGCACUUGAGGCCGCCUGGGAAGCUGGGGUUCCGACGCCACAAGGGGAGGGAUCCUCGACGGCGUUCUGGUUGCACAGACCGUAUGUGCAGGUGCAAUUCGAGGUACAGAAUACAGGUGCCCUGGCAGGCACGGAAAUCCCGCAGGUCUACGUCCACUUCCCGACAGGUUCCGGAGAGCCGCCAAGUUUGUUGAAGGGUUUCGAUGCAAUAUACUUGGAGCCAGGGGAAGUUCAGACUGUGACAAUCACAAUUCCGCGGUAUGAGUUGAGCAUCUGGGACAUCAUCGCGCAGGGCUGGAGCAAGCCGGAGGGAUCGUUUACACUUUCAGUGGGCGCGAGUAGCAGGGAUUUCAGGCUUACUGGUCCAAUUCCCAUCUGA